CGGGCCUGCUGGCGGGGCUCAGCGCCGGAAGGUAACUACUAUCAGCACUAGAAGACUGUCACAAUGAGUUUUGUUGAAUAUGGAGAUACAAUAAAGGAUGGUGACACAGCUAUUGUGUUCUUGGGCCAUGAAUCCAUGUUUCCCGUGAAAGUCCAGCAUGGCACUGUAACUCAGACUAAGUACGGGGUCAUCAGGCAUUCCACGGACCUCAUAGGCAAGAAGUAUGGCUCCAAAGUGACCUGCAGUAAAGGAGGAUGGGUGUUUAUUCUUCAUCCAACUCCAGAACUGUGGACCAUGAAUCUUCCACACAGGACGCAGAUUCUGUAUUCCACUGACAUCUCUAUAAUCACCAUGAUGUUAGAACUGAAACCAGGCUCCAUAGUAUGUGAAUCAGGUACGGGCAGCGGAUCCCUCUCUCAUGCUGUCAUCAGGACGGUGGCUCCCACAGGGCACCUGUACACGGUGGAGUUCCACCAACAGAGGGCCGAGAAGGCCAGGGAGGAGUUUCGGGAGCAUGGAGUGGAGCAUCUGGUCACCGUGACCAACCAGGAUGUCUGCAAAAAUGGGUUUGGUGUCUCAAGCAUUGCAGAUGCUGUGUUCCUAGAUAUUCCAUCUCCAUGGGAAGCCAUAGGACAUGCAAAGUCAGCAUUAAAAGCUGAAGGUGGCCGCAUCUGCUCAUUCUCCCCCUGCAUUGAACAAGUCCAAAGAACCUGCCUAGCGAUGGAAGAAUACGGUUUUACAGAGAUUAACACCUUGGAAAUUCUGCUCCGAGUGUACAAUGUAAGGACAAUUAGCUUGCAAAUCCCUGACCUUGGAAAAGCAGCUGAGGAUAAUUCUAGCACUGGCUUUGACAGCAGCAACCCAUCAAACCAAGGUAGUCUGUGCGCUAAUGUGCAGCAAGGAACUGUGCAGUUUAAAAGCGGCGUGCCACUCAGGGAGAUGGUCGGUCACACUGGAUACCUGACCUUUGCCACCAAGAGCCUGUUCUAGUACAUGUUGAGUUUGUGCAGUUUGGAGUGUUUUGUGUGUUUUUGUGUGUAUUCUGUUUUCAUGGUUCUUUUUUGUAGGGCAUCCAAAUUUUUACUUGUCAGGGAAUUCCAUAUAUAGUCAGCUUUGGUUGGAAUAUGCUUUGUUUAAAUAGCACACAAGCAUUAACCAGAGCAGCAUCAAGGGAAUGUUGAAACUCUGGAAUGGUGCUCUACUUGCCGUCAGAAAGAAGAUAAAUUAAUAGCAAAUGGCCAUUUACUGGAAUGUGCAGAAUAAAGAUCGCUCCCGAUAAGAAAGCAAAACAAACAGCACACUAAUUGCAAAUAAGUUGGAUUUUUUCCUCCUCUUUUCUGAAUUACUUUCCCAGGUUUAUGUUUUGUUUAUUUCUAGCACCACUAGACACUUUUUUUUUUUUUUAACUUCUGUAGUGUCUGUGUUGCACUUAGGAAUGUGAAAGUGCCUACUUGCUUCAUUUUAGAUACGAAAGUUGCGAGGUCAUAGGGUUGUCAGCACAACUGGUCACAGAAUUAGUUAGUUUCCUUGGAAUGGUGUGCGGCUGCACAGAGGAUUAUUGGCAGUGCUCAGGAACACAACCUCUCACUUCAUUUCAGGCUGGCAUCUGCGAAUCAGAUUACACAAAGGUCAAAGAAGUGUGCUAAUUGUUGGACUUGGUUUAAAAUGGUAUAUUGUGCUCAUCAAUUUAUAGUAGAAAUUUGGAUGUGGAUUCAUACUGUGGUCUUCUAAUAGAUCAUCCACUUUCACAGUUGAUGAAUCCACUGUGAAAAUUCACUGAACAGCUGGUUAAUAUUAUCUGAACACCUCUUUGUAAGCGGCGUGGCUGAGGUUCCGUUUGUUUGGUGUUUUAUGUGCAUUACGGUGUACUAUCUUCCUGCAGUUGAAUGAGAGGUUGCUUUUGGCAGGAUUUCUGUCUCCAAAUUGCAACAACAAUGCAAACUCAGUAAAAUCCUCAAUCAGCUUUAUUAAUUAAGUUUUCAGACCAUUUAGUCUGCAGUCUUCCAUGCAAAGCUGAGGGAUGUGAUGAACUAUUUGAAUGCUGGAUUAAAUUUUGUAUUUACAGAUUAAAAUAAUUAUGCAAAUUUA